CCUUUAAUACCACAACCAUUCAAAAAUUAUACUGUGGUGGGGUUUCCCUCAUCUUGCUUAUUAACUUUUGAGCUCAAUAAUUCCUUACAUUGAGCUCACCUUCCUUCCUCAGUCAUUAUUGAAAGAUUUGUUUUCAUCAUACCUCCACUUUUAUAGAAAUAUUUAAUUUCAGUUUUAUUUCCUUUUAUGUAACAGCCUUAUUCUGAGCUCUGUACGUUUAAAACUCAGCACACACACCAGAGUUACUAAAUUGUGGCCAAUAUGUUCAUGAUCAGGUAUAAUCAGUUUUAAGCUCUGUAUACUUAACUGGAUUGUAGAUUGGGCUAUCUACUAUAGAGAUUAUUUCUAGCAUUUGUAUUAAACCAUUAAUUAAAAUAGUUAAGUAACAUAAUGUAAAAAGGUUCAGAAGCUUCUCUCUCUCCCAUUCUUAAAGGUAGCUAUGUCUAAUCAGGAAUUUCAGCUCCAGGAAUCAGAGAAUGAGCAAAAUAAACAAGAUGGUCUAUUCUUCACUAACUUAGAAAAUAAUAGAUUAAAUGAUAAUCCAACAAGGAAAGAAUCUCCAAACACACCUCUUCCUAGUUCAAAUGCAAGUGGAGGAGGUUCAGACAAGAAAUCCUCAAGUUAUUUCAUAGCUCUGGAUUCAACUAUUGAAAAUCUGCAGGAAAGAACCCAGCAACUAAUUGAUAAAAUUAAUGAGAACAGGAAGAAAGACCAUGUGCUCAUGAAUAGUUUCAAAGAGAGCCUUUUGAUGAAGGUUUCAAGCUUGGCAGAAAAGUUGGAGGAAAGGGUAUUUCCUGUUUAUGACCACAACAACAAACUAAUUCAGGAUAAGCUACAAGAGCUUUCCGAGAUCAUGGAGAGGAUCAGAGAGAUUGAAACUGAGCUCAGACAGGUCUGUCACACUGUGGAGAUGUUAUAUAAAGACCUGUGUGGUCAGUCUGAAUUGUGA